AUCCCUGCUUUGCUAGUGCCCAGAAUUACCGUUGCAGCCAAUCACCCCUGUCAAAAUCCCUAAAUCAGAAAUAUACGCGCCAAAAUCUGUUCACGCCUGGAAAGAAGAACUCAGAAGAAGAAGAAGAAGAGAUUCUCCAUAAUUCUCCGUGUAAUUAUGGCAGGAGCAAUCGGAUGGUACGGACCUCUGAUCGAUCUGUCAAAAGCUGCUUCUCACGUUGGUGAUUACGUUCAGUUAAUCGUUUUCGUCCAUAGAUGUACUACUGUUCAGUAUAAGAUGGCGAAAGGUGGAAGAGAAGUUAUUAGGACAGACAUUCAGGUUGGUGAUGAUACACGCCGUUUUUUCAAUGUAUCCAUAUGGCAAAAACAAAUGGGUUCCAUGGCUGUUGCUGGUGAUAUCGUCUUGCUGCACAACGUCAAGAUUACAAGAUUUGGAGAUUUUGUUGAGGCCAGAACCAACCAUUGCUCGUCUCUACAAUGUUUAGUCCACUCUUGUGAAUCACUUGUUUCGAAAGGUCUGGACAGCAUCAUGGGUGAGUGUCAACUGGGGGCAACAACCAAGGAAAAGCUUAGGAAAGUUAUUGAAUGGGUGCAGCAAGCUGGAUCUAUUCUUCACAAUGUGCAAUUUCAUGGGCACCAGCAUAAGGGACAACAGUCAAUAAACUGGAAAGUGCAAGAAGAGAGAUGUUUGCAGGACUGCUGUUCUCUUUUAGAAGUGUUCCAUCUUACUGAUUCCAGUAAGGCUACUUUCUGUGCGUCGAUUGGCGAAAUUUUUCUGCCACUGACCUGGAAGCAUCUUCCUGAAUCUGAGGAGGAGAGGAUGUUCCUAAGCAGGAGAAUAUGCGCAAUGGGAGAUAAAUAUUUAACUGAAGAUCUCAUUUGUAGCGGCUGCCAACUAUGUGGCUCUCCUUUGAACUCUGAGUUGGGGUCUACCUCUGACGAAAGCACCACUCCAUUCUAUUGUCAGAAGAGCUCUAAUAAUCUCCACAUAAGAAGCGUAAUAUACAGACCCUUCAUGUUAUACGUAUGGGAUGACUCAAAGUACGUACCACUCCUUGUGAAAAACAAGGCUGCUGAACUCUUGUUUGGAAACAUAAAAGCUGAGAGUGUACACUCAUGCUAUAGAGGACAGAAGCACGGCCAAACACCUAAUCCAAACGACAACCAAAACACCGGUCAUUCAGAUGCAAAAAGCACAACUCGGUUAAACACUGCUGAUGGAGGAUUUGGCUUACUUCUGCAUCCUAGUGCAGAUAAGAGCUUGGAACAGAAGGAGAAAAAACAAUCUGGAGUCCCAGAUUUGUAUUCGAUUUGGUUGAUAUUGCUUAAACUAUUGAUGCAACAAGGGAAAAAUAGUCCUCUGAAAUUCAAAGUUACAGUCAAUAUGGCCAAACAUUGGGAUAGGGGGAGGUUUGAAAUGGUGUCUGUGUCUAUACCAUGUUUUGAAGGCUAGCCGUAGCAUCCUUGGUCUAGAUUACUAUUGUUCUUCAAUAUGUACUAUAGAAAUAUUAUUCUGUUUCUGUACACGUGAGAUGGUAAAA